UGUCUGUGUCUGUGUCUGUGAACUCUCACACAAAGGAGAGGAAACAAAACAAAGCCAGGAACUGGAAGCGUGACAUUAACUUCUAAUUCAGUGCCUCUACCGCAGCGGUGCAUUUGACUUGAUUUGCCUUUGAAAAGCCUGUUUCCGACACAUUGGACACAGCGUCUGCUGCGGGAGAGAGGAAGACAGCACCUUUGGGUGACGGUAAGACAGCAUUAGACUGUGUGCGGGGUCUCUCCUGCAGAGUCAGCUGUGCGGCGUGGCGAUGAACGGCAGUCGGUGCGGCGUGGCGAUGAACGGCAGUCGGUGCAGCGCGGCGGACUGUCCGGUGAGCGGCGUCUUCUCGGUAGACGGGCUGCCGCCGCUGCCCAAAGGCCUGAGCGGGAUCCUGAACUCCAGCGGCGGGUCGUGGCGGGACAUCGAGAAGGUGCACAGCAAGAGAGCGCGCAUCCAGGCCGACAUCAGCCGGGGCGGUGGAGACGCGCCGCGCGGUCACGGCAAAACGGGGGGACUGGACGCCGCUCUGGCUUUGCUGCGGAAAGAGAUGGUCGGCCUGCGUCAGCUCGACAUGUCUCUGCUGUGCCAGCUGUGGUCUCUCCAUGAGGCCAUCCAGGAGUACAAGGGCUACUCGCUCCUGUCCGGGGCCUCGCUCGGUGCUGAUAAUGGAUCCUCUGAGGAGGAGGAUGAAGAUGAAGAGGAGACAGGAAUCCCCUCGCAGCCUCUGUCCUCUUCGUCAUUGCCUCUGCCUCCACCCAGCAGCAACUCCAGGGACCAGUGGAUCAAAGACUCCUUUCAUAUUCCCUGAUGUAGACACACACACACACAUAUGCACCAUGCACUGUGCUGUUUUCUCAAAGUUCAUGUGUACCUUCAGGCAACACUUACACUAGUUUUUAUACCAGAAAUCUUCUGGCCGGUUUGUUUUUCUGGCCGUGGGCCAAUCAAAUGACAGCAAAUUAAUAUCUCAGCAGAAAUGAAGACCAACUAAAAGAGAAGAAAAUCAAGAUAGACAAGUGAGACCCGAUGUUAUCAGGUCUGAUUCCACUUUGGAUACUAUACAUGCCUGUUUGUGGUUUCCUGAUCAUUUCAGACUUUUUUAAGUCCCUGUUCUGUAAAACAAGCAGGACAAUGUUUCCCAUCGCACAGUAUUUUCUGCCAUUUAGUGUCUUGACUGAAGUGUCGUCAAUCAAUUAUCUGUAUUCCCUUUAAUUCUGUGAGCAUUUGAGACGGUAUACACAUUUUUCUGAUCCAAAUAUAAGGAGGAAUUAUUUUAUUCUAUUAUUUUAUAUGUCUCCCGACCCUGACGUUUCCUGUCUACAAAAGAGCUACAAAAAAAAGAUUGCACGUUACUUCUUUAAAAGUAUCUUGGCUGCCUAUGAAAUGUUUAAAAAGUUUUUGUAACCUCUGUUUUACGUUGUAUGUGCUGCUUCUGUCUCGGCGAGGACACUC